UGCACCUAGAGGGCUAUUCUAUACGAAAGAAGAGUGAUCGAAACAAGAACCCAUCUCCUCUUUCUCUCCGUAAAAAGAUUGGAUUUUUUUUUCCAACACUCCCCAAGAUUUGUACAGAGAGAGACUAGAAUUGGAAGCUCAAAUGCUCAAUGCUGGGCACCUAAAAUCCCCAUCUGAGUUCUUCUCAAAUCACUCCAGAACCCAAUAAAUCCCAAGAUUUCAUCAAUCCAAGCUAACCCAUUUGAUUUCUUUCACCUUCUUCAUGGAUCAAGAUCGCAAGCUCCAAUGCCAAUUCUGCCCCAAGUUUUUCCCCUGCGCUCGCUCCCUCGACGAUCACAUGAGCAUUCACGUGCCACCGCUGGCCGCCGCUGGCUAUGGGCUGAGAGGCAAACCAAAGAGAACGACGAGCUUCGGUGAUCUCCAAUGUGCAGAAAACUCAGAGGGCCGUAUGAAGUCCCAUUCUCAGAGAACUCAGGGAGCUAAGGAAGAAGAUGAUGAAAGAUCGUUGAGCAAGAAGCAGAGGAGGAUAUCGUCAGAGUACCCGAAGGAGAAAGUAGAUGGUGCCAUUGCCCUCAUGAAGCUCUCCAGGGAUAAACGCAAAAGGGGAAAUGGGGCUCCUGAGUAUUCUGAUGAGAAUCCUGCUAAGCAUCAAGAAUUGAGUUUCGAAGAUGAGGAUGAUGAUUCUUUGAAGAGGAGGAGGAGGAAGAAGAAGAGUGGAUCCAAUGGCUUAGAAGCUGAUGGUGAUAGAGAUGAAGCAGAAGGAUUAGGCCAUGAAUGUUCGAUUUGUGGCAGACUCUUUAGGUCUGGUCAGGCUUUGGGUGGACAUAAGAGGUCUCAUUCAUCAAAGGUUGCUCCUAAAAUUGUUGAUCAUGAUGCUGAUCUUGGUGGGCAAUGACCGAUAUGACCGCAAAUGAGGGUGUAAUAUGUUCUUUUUCUUUGAUUUGAUUCAUUCUUUCAGGAGGCCGAGGGCGAGGUAAAUGCGCAAUUCGUUACUAGACUAAGUCAAGCUUCUUUGUGCUUUUUUCUCUGUUGGGGUUUUAGAAUUUGUUCAAAUUGAGACUUGGAGAUUGUUAGAUGAGUUGAGAAAUACUUCUUGGGGUUUCGGUGUUGAGUUACACACGAAAUGCAAAUUGGAUAUGUGGGAAAAUGUUUAGCUCUGGUCAGGCUUUGAAGGGGUCGUAUUAGCAGUGGCUACUCCUAGUAUUGUUGAUUUCAAUCUUCUAAGCUUCAAUUGUUGGUGAUGCUGAGUAGAGAUCUUGGUGGGUGAUGACUGAUAUAAUUGCGAACUGAGGGUGCAUGGAUUCUUCUUUUUUGAUCUGAUCAUUCUUUGCGGAGCUCGAAUGGUGAGGUAAUGGUGAAAUCUGUUAAAGUACCCAUUCAAGCUUCUCUGUACAUUUUUCUGUGUUGGGGGUUUAAAAUGUGCUCAUAUUGAGACUUAGAGAUUGUUUGACGAGUAGAAAUAUAUCUUGGAAUUUUGGUAGAUAGUAGCAUUCUGCUAUGUUUGUAGCUUCAAGUACCAUUCCCUUGAUUGACUUUUGUAUGGAUUCAAUCACUUUUACCGACAGGUUACAGGUUAUAGA